GCAUACUUCUGGAUUAGGAAGAACACACCCAGUGACAUCAGUGAAGUUUGAAGAAGAAGAAAAAAGUUUGAACUGUAAGUGUGCAGUGAAGAAGCAAGAGGACCAAAGGGGUCCUGGUCGGAAUUCUUUGGAUUUAAGGCGGGUUUUUGGGGGGCUUUUUUUGAGGUUGGCGGCCAAAGUGUGUUGGAUUUGUUCGUCAAGUGUAGUUUGAAGCGCAGAAGGUGGACGUUUUUUAGAAGAGAGGAGGAGGAUGUCAACUUCAGACGAGACAGACGGGCCGAGGCCAAGAUAUGGCUCUGUCCUGGAUGGCGUGGAGCGACUCACGGCGGAGGAGAUGGACGAGAGGCGGCAGCAGAACAUGGCCUACGAGUACCUAUGUCACCUGGAAGAGGCAAAAAGAUGGAUGGAGGCUUGUUUGGAUGAAGAAUUACCACCCACUACAGAGCUGGAGGAGGGCCUGCGGAACGGCGUCUAUCUGGCCAAACUUGGCAACUUCUUUGCCCCUCGCACCGUCUCCCUUAAGAAGAUCUACGACCGCGAGCAGACGCGUUACAAGGCGACAGGACUCCAUUUCAGACAUACCGAUAAUGUCAUCCAGUGGCUCAAUGCCAUGUCUGAGAAGGGCCUGCCAAAGAUCUUCUACCCUGAGACUACAGACAUAUAUGACAGGAAGAACAUGCCACGCUGCAUCUACUGCAUACAUGCACUAAGCCUGUACCUGUUCAAGCUGGGCCUCGCCCCGCAGAUCCAGGAUCUGUACGGCAAAGUGGAUUUCACUGAGGAGGAGAUCAACAACAUGAAGAGUGAGCUGGAAAAGUAUGGGAUCCAGAUGCCCGCCUUCAGCAAGAUUGGCGGAAUCCUGGCCAAUGAGCUCUCAGUGGAUGAAGCUGCAUUACACGCUGCUGUGAUCGCCAUCAACGAGGCCAUCGACCAAGACAUCCCUGAGGGCACCAUGGCUGCCAUGCAAAACCCCAACGCCAUGCUGGUCAACCUGGAUCGCAACUUUGCCCACCAGUAUCACAACACAUUAUACCAGGCCAAGGGAGAGAAGGUGGCCAACUCACGCAAGCGGCAAAUGGAAAAUGCUGAUGCGGAGAGAGAUAUCUACGAUGAGCUUCUCACCCAGGCUGAAAUCCAGGGCAAUGUUAACAAAGUCAAUGUGAAUAACGCCCUAAGUGCUGCUGAACAGGCUUUGCUGAGUGGGGAUGAGGAUAAGUUGUAUGAAGCGCUGAAGGCCAUGGGCAUUCAGAACCUGCAGGCUCAAAACAAAGGCUGGUACCUGAAACAACUGCAGGCUGACAGGGAAAACAAAGAACUGGCAUCUCCAGGCCAGGCGCUGACUAAGGAUGAGCUGCAGGCUGGUGUGGACGUGGCUAAUGACAUCGCAGAAAGCUACUUGAAAAUGUUGAAGGCGGUGGAGCGCAUCAACGCUGCCAUUAGGGCAGGUGUAAAAGAGAAGACUGUGGAGGAGCUGAUGAACCCUGACGCUCAGUUGCCUGAAGUCUACCCCAGUGCUGCAGAUCUUUACCAGAGAGAGCUGGCCAGUCUGCAGCAGCAAAGUCCAGAGGGCUCUCUAUCCCACCCGGAGCUGCUUGUUGCCGUGGAGAUGUUGUCUUCAGUGGUGCUGAUGAACGAGGCCAUGGACGUUGGAGACCGAGACACCCUCUGGAAACAACUGUCCAGCUCCAUCACCGGGCUUAGUAACGUGGAGCCUGAAUAUGCACAAAGGUACAUGGAUGAGUUGAUGCGUCUUAAGGCAGCAGCCAGGGAGGAGGGUUGCGAUUAUCUCACCUGGAAUGACAUUCAAGCCUGUAUUGAUCAGGUCAACAUGACUGUGCAAGAGGAGCAUGAACGUAUUGCAGCUAUUGGAUUGAUCAACGAGGCACUGGAUGAAGGGAAUCCUAUGAAGACCUUGGCCAUGUUGCAGAAUCCGUCAGCUAAGCUCACAGCUGUGGACCCAUCUGUGGCUCAGCACUACCACGACAAACUGCUAGAGGCCCGCAGGGAGAAGUGUCAUGAGACACAAGAUCCUUCUGCUGUGCUUUGGCUUGAUGAGAUCCAGGACGCUAUUCUAAAGGCAAACCAGGACACGAAGGACGCCUUGCUGUUCUCUCAGUCCAUUCAUGCCAUCAAUGAAGCGGUGGAUAGCGGUGUUGCAGCUCAGACCCUUACUGCGCUGCGAAACCCUGGGGCAGGACUGUACGGGGUCACUUCUGAAUGUGCGCAGACGUACCAGGAUGACUUGGCCAAAGUCAAAGAAGAGAAGAAGAAAGAUGGUGAUAACAAAAGCGAGUGGGUGCAACACUGGGUGAAGGGUGGACACAACUACUAUUACAACCUGAAUACAAAAGAGGGUACCUGGGUGGAACCGGAGGGCUUCCUCCAAAACAACACGCAGCUCAACAAGGAGGACAUUCAGUCUGUUGUUUCAGGCGUAACCACAGCUUACAACCGAGAGCAGCUGUGGCUGGCGAAUGAGAAUCUCAUCACUAAGCUGCAAGCUCGUUGCCGUGGCUACCUGGUGAGGAACGCCCUAAAAGAGAGGAUGCACUUCCUAAAAUCACAAGAGCCAGCCGUUACACGCAUCCAGGCUCACUGGAAAGGCUACAAACAGAGGAAGGACUUCAAUGACCGUAAGAAGUACCUGGAGGACCACAGUGACGAUGCUGUCAAGAUCCAAUCAAUGGUUCGGAUGCAUCAAGCACGUAAAAAGUAUCGGGAUCGUCUAAAGUACUUCAAAGAUCACAUCAAAGACGUGGUGAGGAUCCAGGCUUUCAUCAGAGCUAACAAGGCCAGGGACGACUACAAGACGCUGAUCAGCGCCGACAAUCCUCCGAUGGUGGUGGUGAGGAAGUUUGUCCACCUGCUGGAUCACAGCGACCAGGACUUCCAGGAGGAGCUGGAGCUGAUGCGGCUCCGUGAGGAAGUGGUCACCAACAUCCGCUCCAAUCAGCAGCUGGAGAACGACCUCAACUUGAUGGACAUCAAGAUUGGUCUGCUGGUGAAGAACAAGAUCACCCUGCAGGAGGUGGUGUCCCACAGCAAGAAGCUGACCAAGAAGAACAAGGGACAUCUGUCCAACAUGAUGAUGAUGAACAAACACAGAGGAGGUCUGAAAGCCCUCAGCAAGGAGAAGCGAGUCAAACUGGAAGCUUACCAGCACCUCUUCUAUCUAUUACAGACCAAUCCCACAUAUCUGGCCAAGCUGAUCUUCCAGAUGCCUCAGAAUAAAUCAACCAAAUUUAUGGAUUCUGUAAUCUUCACCCUGUAUAACUACGCCUCAAACCAGAGAGAGGAGUAUCUGCUUCUCAAGCUCUUUAAGACUGCCCUGCAGGAAGAGAUCAAGUCAAAAGUUGACCAGAUGAAGGAGGUUGUCACCGGAAACCCGACUGUCAUAAAGAUGGUGGUGAGUUUCCACCGUGGCGCACGAGGCCAGAAUGCGUUAAGACAGAUUUUGGCGCCGGUUGUCAAGGACAUCAUAGAUGACAAAACGCUGAACAUCAAGACCGACCCAGUGGACAUUUACAAGAGCUGGGUCAACCAGAUGGAGACACAGACUGGAGAGGCCAGUAAGCUGCCAUAUGAUGUCACACCUGAGCAGGCAAUGGCUCAUGAAGAAGUUCGGAAUAGACUGGAGGCCUCCAUCAAGAGCAUGAAGGCGGUGACUGACAAGUUCCUUUCUGCUAUCAUCGUCUCAGUGGAUAAAAUUCCCUACGGGAUGCGCUUCAUCUCCAAGGUCCUGAAGGACACCCUUCAUGAGAAGUUCCCAGAUGCUACAGAGGAUGAAUUGCUGAAGAUUGUGGGGAACCUUCUGUAUUAUCGUUACAUGAACCCAGCGAUUGUUGCCCCUGACGCCUUUGACAUCAUCGAGAUGUCGGCGGGUGGUCAGCUGACCAACGAGCAGCGGCGAAACCUGGGCUCUGUUGCCAAGAUGCUGCAGCACGCCGCCUCCAACAAGAUGUUUCUUGGAGAUAACGCCCACCUGAAUCCCAUCAAUGAAUAUCUCAGCAAUUCUUAUCUGAAGUUUCGGCGCUACUUUUUGACAGCGUGUGAUGUCCCUUCACUUGAAGAUAAAUUCAACGUGGAUCAGUACUCUGACCUAGUCAAUGUCACCAAACCUGUCAUCUACAUCUCCAUUGGAGAGAUUAUAAACACACACACGCUGCUGCUGGACCAUCAGGAUGCCAUUGCUCCAGAGCACAAUGAUCCCGUCCAUGAGCUGUUGGAGGACCUGGGAGAGGUUCCCACUGUAGAGUCCCUCAUUGGUGAAAAUCCUCUCCCUCCUGAUGACCCAAACAAGGAGCUAAUGGGCAAGACUGAGGUGUCCCUUACACUGACAAACAAAUUCGAUGUCCCUGGUGAGGCCAACACUGAGGUGGAUGCCAAGACCCUCCUGCUCAACACCAAGAGGCUGAUUGUGGAUGUGAUCCGGUUUCAGCCUGGAGAGACUCUGACUGAGAUAUUGGACUCAAAAGCUGGUCCGGAGCAGGAAGCGGAGUACCAGCGUGCCAUGCAACGGAGGGCCAUCCGGGACGCCAAGACCCCAGAGAAGAUGAAGCAGGUCAAACCAGUGGUGGAUGACAGCCUCACAUUACAAGGGAAGAAGGAGAGGAUUCAGAGCAACCUGCAGCGGUUAGCAGAGCUCGGCAAAGUUAAUCCUGAGAACCGCUAUCAGGACCUCAUCAAUGACAUAGCCAAGGACAUCAGAAAUCAGAGACGGUAUCGCCAACGCAGGAAAGCUGAGCUGGUAAAACUCCAGCAAACCAACACCGCCCUAAAUUCAAAGACCAACUUUUACAACGUGCAGAUUGAUUCGUACAAUCAGUAUAUUAAAACCUGCAUGGACAACCUGGCCAGCAAGGGCAAGCUGUCAAAGCCAGGAGUCAGCAAGGCCAAAAAGAGUAAACAAGUGUCCCAGAAAUACACGGCCUCACGCUUAUAUGAGAAGGGUGUGCUGAUUUCAAUCGAGGAUCUGCAGCCCAACCAGUUCAAGAAUGCUAUUUUCGAGAUCUCUCCAUCCGAGGCUGUUGGCGUGUUUGACGUAAAGGCCAAGUUCAUGGGGGUACACUUGGAGACGUUACAGUUAGAAUACCAGGAUCUCCUCCAGCUGCAGUACGAAGGCGUGGCAGUGAUGAAGCUCUUCGACAGGGCGACCAUCAAUGUCAACCUGCUCAUUUUCUUGCUCAACAAGAAAUUUUACGGGAAAUAGAGGAAACAAUUUAGAAGAAGGCCGUGGACUGAUUUAGCCGCCAAUGUAACCUUUUACGCUUUGCUCAAAAGCCCCGACCUGAACCAUGAUGGUUGUCAAACGUCUCCCCCGAUGCACUUGUUUCAGAUAUAGAUAUGCAGAUAUAUUUUCUACUAUGUUGCAUCACCACAUGGAACCAUCCAUUUGUGGCACUCAGGCCAACGCAAAUGUUUGCUUGAGUCUUUUGUUUUUGCCGGUUAUGUAACUGCAGCCAGAUGUUUAACAGCUGUAUUUUUUCUUGAAAUAUUAUGAAUAUCAUGUGCACAAGGCUUUGAUCGCUUAUAAAAAUGUAUGUUUUAUGUCAAGAGAUUGUGUUUUUCUUUCCUGAUUCGCUGACUUGACUGAUAAAGCAUGAUAGGCAUCUCUUCGCCGAAGUACGUAAGUGCUAAAAAAGUCUAACACGAGACUUUAACACUAUUUGGGUGUUUUUUAUUGCUUUUUUUUGUAUAGAUACAUAGCAAAAUUACAGGUGGUCCUUGGGUUACAAAUGAGUUCCAGUCCACUCACACUUUACACAGAACACAUGAAAAACAUAUCAAAUUCAGUAAUAAAACGAUUAAAUACAAGAAUGAAAUUAAACAGUAAUUAAAAAGAGAACGACUUCCUCUUCUCCCGGAUCUCCUUGUAACAGCGCACGGAAUCCAUGAUCCCGCUAACAUUCUUAACAUUCAUGAAACUUUAUCCUUGAUGGUUGCAACAGCCGAGCAGUUCGGACCAUGAGAGCAGCCAAAAUUAGUGGCCAUUGUAAUGAUGUUAAUUUUUACUUCCAUUGUUGAUGGCUUUCCUUUUCUUUGGCGCACUGCUGCUUUGUAUGGAAGCCGGUUUCCGCCACUGAAAGAAAAAAAAAAAUCCCAAUGAUAAGUGUGGAAUUCUGAGAUAAAAAGUCGAAAUUCAGAGAUAAGAAAGUCAUAAUUACAAGAUAAAAAGUCAAAAUUAUGAAAUAAAGUCAGAAUUAUGCAGCACAUGCACAAGUUAUAGCAAAUAAGAACAGGGUAAGAUCGAAUAAGAUAUACUAAUUAAAAAAAAAACUAAACUAAAACUAAAUAAAUAUACAUGCACAGAAUCACAUCUAAAAUACAAAUAAUCACCAUGUGUCAAAAGCCAGUUUGAAUAAAUGAGUUUUUUAAUGAGGUUUAAAAACUGUGCUCUGAAAUACGCCGUAGCGCAGGUGGAAGGGAGUUCCAGAGCAUGGGGGUGAACGCAGCAUUUUUUGUACUUCAUCCUCGGGACUUCUAAUGUUGUGUGUUCAGAACAGCGCUUGACUUUUUAUCCCAUAAGUUCCACUUUUCAUCACAUAUUUAUGACUUUUUAUCCUGUAAUUUUGAGUUUUUGUCCCAUAAUUAUGACUUACCAUGGGGAUAUUACUUUUUCUUUCAGUGGCAGAAACGGGCUUCUUGUACUUAACGAAGUGCAGAAAGUUAACUAAUAAGUGAUGUUAUUCUUCCUCAGUGUGGCUGCGCAAGCACUCACUGUAUUCGGUAUUUGUCUGCAUUCUUGUGUUGCACGUAUUCUUCUGCCGUGUGUAACUAGUUCUCGAGCGAGUCUCGUGUUUACCGACCAGAAUUAAAGUUUUUAAUUAUAUGGGAGCGUGUUCGAAACCAGCAAACGUCAUAACACAGAGCGCUGUGCAGUAAUCCCUCGUCACGUCGCGCUUCAAGUUUAGAAUUUUGCGGCUUCACUCUAUUACGGUUUUUCAAACGUAUAUUUAUUAAUAAAACAUCGGUCAAAUGGUGUUUGAAAAUGACCUAUAAUUAGUCAUAAAAUAUGCAUAUUUAAGCCAAUUUGACAUACUUUUUUCAUAAAUUAAGCAUUUUCAAGCAUAAAAAUAGCUAAAUGAAGUAAAAUGCAAGUACCUGUAUAAGGCAUUCAGAAGACUCAUGCAAAGACGUUGAUAUGUAGUAUUCUACACUGGUCACUAGGUGUCAGUAAUUUUGCAUUGUAACAAUAGCCACCGCAAGAAGUAAAAAAAAUAAAAUAAAAUCUCAAUUCUAACAUGUGAGUCUACAUUAUGUCUUAUUUAUGUCUAAUGUCUUAUUUUCUGUUAUGUCUACUAUAUUGUCUAACAUGAGUGCAGGUGUGUUAUUUCAUGUCUAGAGGGCCCUAAUAAUGUUUAAAAUAAUUAUUUUGCAGGUCGUAAACAGGUUUUCUAUCCUAUAACUACGGAAAUAUUCCGUUUAUAAAUAAGGAAUCCUACUUUGCGGAUUAACCGCGAUAAACAAGGGACGAUUGUAAACCGAGGACCACCUAUAUGCGCUCGCCCACGCAUGUCAUGGUUUCAAACUGUCUUUUUUAUUUUAACCAGACCACUGAUGAAUCUGGAUGUGAAACACAAUGUCAGCGUUGGAUAUUUGGCAAGAAUAAUCGCCAAGCUCACAUUGAGCUGUCUAAGUCCAAACGUGCUCGAUUCGAUGAACCACACGUCCACCAAGGCUGAGUAUGGAGCGACUGUGAAAGUUGAUUCUGAUGCGGUUUAAGAGAUCGUACAGUAAAUGUGGCUUGACAAUGUCUUAGUCCUCUUUCAGAAGUCAAUUGUGUUUUUGAAAGUCCAUCCAUGCAUCCAUCCAUUGUUUGUAUCCCUUGUUGUCAUUCGUCAUCAAGGUUCCACACUUCCAUACUCAUUUUUUUUCCUGUACUUUUUCCAUGUGAAUUCAGCUCAUUUUGCUCCUUUGUGGCUUAUAUAAGGGAACUUUGAUCACCCCAAAAUAGAAUGUGUAUCUUUGUGCGACAUAAAAUGGAAUCCGAACAUGUAAACUGGACACUUUCAGAAACAAAAUAAUAAUAAUAAUGUUGACAAAUGUACACUUAUUUAUAUUUUAUUCACUGUGGGUCAUUCUUGUUUGGAAAGCUGAAUACAGGUUGAACUGGAGCAGGUUCAGGAUUAACGGUGAGACUUGUUGCGCUGCACCAGGGGUGUCCAAACUGCGGGCCGGGGGCCAUUUUCUCCCCGCUUCUCACAGAUAUUACACUAAUUUGCUAAAAUGUGGAGGUUUUAUUCAGUUUUGUUGACCUCCUUAGGCUCAUGGGCGAGUUGAAAAUCCACGCACGCGUGGGGAGAAUGUGCAAACGCCACACAAAGAUGCCCAAACGGAUAUCCGAACUCUCGAUCUCAUGACUAAAAAUCAGCCUGUUUUAGCAUCUUUAUUGUAUCCUUCAAUUUUUCUGCAUGGGUGCCUCAGUGGAAAACGUUUGGACACCCCUGCUCUACUUUUGUUUUAAACAGUUUUUAAGACCACUCUUGACUUUUUACUAUUAUGUGGAUUUUUAUUUUCAUGUAAUUUAGCCCUGAUGAGAGGCGUUAUUCCCCAAACAUGAGUUUGUACUUACAUUUACAAUACAUUCUGUUUUAUUCUUCCUGUUUUAGAAUAAAGAUUAGAAUACAGAUAUAAUUAUGCCAUGUUUUCCUGCAGUCGUUUGUUUUGCAGUGUGAAGAAAUAUGUCAAAAGUAUAGACACAACUUGUCAUUCAACAGCAUGGGUAAGUGUCUCCAAACUUUUGACUGGUAGUGUAUGUUAGGCUCUCUC